AGAGAGCGAGAGCUCGUCAGCCACUUUUUCCUAACAACCUUCAUUCGACACUUAAUCUUAGCCAAAAGGCCGAGCAUGGUUUUAUUCAAACGAGUGGGACUUACUUCCGCGGAAACACGUGUCGUCCAAGGUCCAGCAGCAACCGCCACACGCUUGCCCCGCCGGCCCCACAACACGAGGGUCCUUGCUUUACUUCCGCCCGCUCUCUUCGGGGAAAGGGGCGGAGCUUGGAGGGAAGGCCUUUCGAGAGGCAACAUGGCGGCAGCCUUGAGGAGCGUGAAGGGAAUGGUUGGCCUGGUGACCGGCGGUGCUUCAGGGCUGGGCCGUGCUACAGUAGAACGGCUGGUGCAACAAGGAGGCAGUGCCGUGCUCCUGGAUUUGCCACAGUCUGAUGGAGAAAGUGUGGCCAAGGCGUUGGGAGACAGAUGUAUCUUUGCUCCUGCAGAUGUAACUUCUGAGUCAGAUGUGAAUGCUGCCCUGGCACUGGCACGAGAGAAGUUUGGGCGUGUAGAUGUGGCAGUGAACUGUGCUGGGGUUGCAGUAGCUUUCAAGACCUAUAAUUUAAACAAGAAUGUACCUCACAUACUAGCGGACUUCCAGAGAGUUGUCAAUGUGAACCUUAUCGGAACGUUCAAUGUAAUUCGCCUGAGUGCAGGUGAGAUGGGGAAGAAUAAACCUGAUGCAGAUGGACACAGGGGAGUGAUCAUCAACACUGCCAGUGUGGCUGCCUUUGAGGGGCAGGUUGGUCAGGCUGCUUAUUCUGCUUCAAAAGGAGGCAUUGUGUCAAUGACGCUACCAAUUGCCCGGGAUCUUGCCCCUAUGGGGAUCAGAGUUGUCACCAUUGCGCCAGGGCUGUUUGAAACACCUCUACUGGGGUCACUUCCAGAAAAAGUGCGGACGUUCCUAGCACGGCAGGUACCUUUUCCAAGUCGCCUUGGUAAUCCAGCGGAAUAUGCCCAUAUGGUGCAAUGUAUAGUGGAGAACCCUAUGCUCAAUGGCGAGGUGAUCCGACUUGAUGGAGCCAUCCGAAUGCAGCCCUGAACUGCCACACUGAUUGGAGAGACCAAAAGUUUGUGUACUCUUCCGCAUUAUGCAGCACAUGUUUACUCUUACUGGACAACUAAUCAAAAUACUUUUGAAUCUGCUCAUGGUUAUGAUUCCCUGCACUCGGCUUCCUUCUUCAGAAUCAGCAAAGCAAAUGAUUAAUGUCUGGAUCUUAAAAGACAAAACAGUUAUUGCUAUGUCCUGCAUGGGGAUCAAUUGCAUAUUGCACCAAAAUAUACAAAGGAAACCCAUAUGUUAUUUGAAUAUACUGAAUAAAUUGUGCAAAUAAAGAGAAUAAAGAAAUAA